CUGCUUUUCUAAUGCUUCGUUUAAACCUGCAUAUUAGUUAGGAAAGCGUUUGUUUGGAAUAACUGCAGAUAAUCAAUAGAUUUUGUCUCCAAAAUCAUAUUAAUCUGUGCACAACGAGGUUUAUAUUGUGACAGAAAGAAAUGAGGACCCUGCUGCUUAUAAGUGCACUGACCAUCACCCGCUUGAUUUCUACAGCUUUAAUAGCAGCAGCAAGUACUGAUUCUACAUCAACAGUGCUCACAAGUACAACUGUGCAACCUACAGAAGCAAGUACUGAUUCUACAUCAACAGUGCUCACAAGUACAAUUGUGCAACCUACAGAAGCAAGCACUGAUUCUACAUCAACAGUGCUCACAAGUACAACUGUGCAACCUGUAGCAGCAGCAAGUACUGAUUCUACAUCAACAGUGCUCACAAGUACAACUGUGCAACCUACAGAAGCAAGUACUGAUUCUACAUCAACAGUGCUCACAAGUACAAUUGUGCAACCUACAGAAGCAAGCACUGAUUCUACAUCAACAGUGCUCACAAGUACAACUGUGCAACCUGAAGAAGCACGUACUGAUUCUACAUCAACAGUGCUCACAAGUACAACUGUGCAACCUACAGAAGCAAGUACUGAUUCCACAUCAACAGUGCUCACAAGUACAACUGUGCAACCUACAGAAGCAAGUACUGAUUCUACAUCAACAGUGCUCACAAGAACAACUGUGCAACCUACAGAAUCAAGUACUGAUUCUACAUCUACAGUGCUCAAAAGUACAACUGUGCAACCUGCAGCAGCCAGUACUAAUUCUACAUCAACAGUGCUCACAAGUUCAACUGUGCAACCUACAGAAGCAAGUACUGAUUCUACAUCAACAGUGCUCACACGUACAACUGUGCAACCUGCAACAGCAAGUACUGAUUCUGCAUCAACAGUGCUCACAAGUACAACUGUGCAACCUACAGAAGCAAGUACUGAUUCUACAUCAACAGUGCUCACAAGUACAACUGUGCAACCUACGGAAGCACGUACUGAUUCUACAUCAACAGUGCUCACAAGUACAACUGUGCAACCUACAGAAGCAAGUACUGAUUCUACAUCAACAGUGCUCACAAGUACAACUGUGCAACCUACAGAAGCAAGUACUGAUUCUACAUCUACAGUGCUCAAAAGUACAACUGUGCAACCUGCAGCAGCCAGUACUGAUUCUACAUCAACAGUGCUCACAAGUUCAACUGUGCAACCUACAGAAGCAAGUACUGAUUCUACAUCAACAGUGCUGACUCGUACAACUGUGCAACCUGCAGCAGCAAGUACUGAUUCUACAUCAACAGUGCUCGCAAUAACAACUGUGCAACCUGCAGCAACAAUUACUGAUUCUACAUCAACAGUGCUCACAAGCACAAUUGUGCAUCCUGCUGCAGCAAGUACAGAUUCUACAUCAACAGUGCUCGCAAGUACAACUGUGCAACCUGCAGCAGCAAGUAAUGAUUCUACAUCAACAGGUCUCAAAAGCACAACUGCGCAACCUGCAGCAGCAAGUACUGAUUCUACAUCAACAAUGCUCAAAAGCACAACUGCGCAACCUGCAUCAGCAAGUACCAAUUCUACAUCAACAGUGCUCACAAGUACAACUGUGCAACCUACAGCAGCAAGUACUGUUUCGACAUCAACAAUUCUCACAAGUACAACUGUGCAACAUGUAGCACCAGCAAGUACUGAUUCUACAUCAACAGUGCUCACAAGCACAACUGUGCAACCUGCAGCAGCAAGUACUGAUUCUACAUCAACAAUGCUCAAAAGCACAACUGCGCAACCUGCAUCAGCAAGUACCAAUUCUACAUCAACAGUGCUCACAAGUACAACUGUGCAACCUACAGCAGCAAGUACUGUUUCGACAUCAACAAUUCUCACAAGUACAACUGUGCAACAUGUAGCACCAGCAAGUACUGAUUCUACAUCAACAGUGCUCACAAGCACAACUGUGCAACCUGCAGCAGCAAGUACUGAUUCUACAUCAACAAUGCUCAAAAGCACAACUGCGCAACCUGCAGCAGCAAGUACGUCAGUAACAACGAUUUCUAACGGCUGUCGGAAGAGAGCGGUCGAAGAGGGCGAGUGUGUGGCUAACGCUGAGUGUGUAAAAGAAGGGGACGCAUACUUGUGCAAAUGUAAGCAAGGAUUCGUAAAUCAAUCAUCGCAGUGUAACAAAGAAGAGAUGUCAUGGGGCCAAAACAGAGGAACUUCUGGUAGAUCCUUCAUUGUUGCGUACUGGUUAUUGAUUGUAACUGCAUGCGUACAUCUUGUUCAGACAGUACCAUAGAGUUGAUAAGGGACACAGCAACGCAGUAUUUGUUCUGAACAUAAAAUUCUCUACUGAAUUUUGGCAGUCCGGUCAACCGUUAAAACAUUUGUUUUAAAAUAACACAUUUCUCUUAAAUGAUGAAUGUUUUAUAUAUAUAUAAAAGCCUUUUCCUAUCAUUUUAUCACCAUCAUUGACACUCUGUCGAAUUUUGAAUCUUUGUUUCGAACUUAACCUUACAU